UAUGCAUCUGCAGAGCUCCAAAGAUUUACACACAAAUCCAAAAAUGAUGGUUCUCUUAGUUUUUUGGUGGUUGGUGACUGGGGAAGAAGAGGUCUAUACAACCAAUCUCAAGUUGCUUCCCAGAUGGGAAAGGUUGGAGAGAAGCUUGACAUUGACUUUGUAGUUUCCACUGGAGACAAUUUCUAUGACAAUGGCCUAACUAGUGAACAUGAUGCAGCUUUUGAGGAGUCAUUCAGCAACAUUUACACAGCAAAAAGCUUGCAAAAACAGUGGUAUAGCGUGUUGGGCAACCAUGACUAUAGGGGUGAUGCAGAAGCUCAAUUGAGCCCAGUCCUUAAGGAAAUUGAUAGCAGAUGGUUUUGCUUAAGGUCUUUUAUUGUAGAUUCAGAGCUGGCUGAGAUUUUCUUUGUGGACACCACUCCUUUUGUUCAAGAGUACUUCACUGAAUCAGCAGGACACAAGUAUGAUUGGAGGGGAAUUAACCCACCAAAAUCUUAUAUUAUCAACUUGCUGAAGGAUCUGGAAAUGGCAUUGAGGGAAUCAACAGCAAAAUGGAAGAUUGUUGUUGGUCAUCAUGCAAUUAGAAGUAUUGGGCAUCAUGGUGAUACUCAAGAACUUAUAAGCCAGCUUCUGCCAAUUCUUCAGGCAAAUAAUGUUGAUUUUUACAUGAAUGGUCAUGAUCAUUGUCUUGAACACAUCAGUGACACACAGAGUCCUAUUCAGUUCCUGACUAGUGGGGCAGGAUCAAAGGCAUGGAGAGGAGACAUUAAAGAAACAAACAGAAGAGGUCUAAAUUUCUUCUAUGAUGGACAAGGUUUCAUGUCUGUGCAAUUGACUCAAACAUAUUCAAAUGUUGAGUUCUAUGAUGUUUCUGGCAAGGUUUUACACAGAAUCAUUUCAUCAAAGCAGCUACAUUCUUCCAUUUGAAGUU